AUGGAAGUGAUGACACAAGGCAACUUGGAAAUGGGGGUUGUCUUCCUCAUUCAGACUGCAGCAGGGGUCCUGGGGAACUCCUUUCUCCUUUGUAUUUACAGCUACACCCUGCUCACUGGACAGAAGGUGAGGCCCACAGACCCCAUCCUCAACCAUCUGGUCUUUGCCAACAACUUGGUUGUUUUAUCCAGAGGGAUCCCUAACACAAUGUCAGGUUUUGGAUGGAAGUACUUCCUGGAUGAUACUGGAUGUAAAAUUCUUUUGUAUUUAUUCAGAGUAGCCAGAGGGGUUUCUCUUAAUAUCACCUGCCUUCUGAGUGGCUUCCAGGUCACAACGCUUUGCACUAGAAAUCCUAGGGGGAAGAACAGUACUAGAUUCCACAAAUGCUUUGGUUUCUGUGGCUGUCUCUUCUGGAUCCUGCAGCUCCUGGUAAAUGGCUAUGUGCCUCUGAACGUGACUGGCACAAGACACAAACAAAAUGUUUCUCUGCACAUGCAGUAUAAAUACUGCUCCACAGGUCCACCAGAACCGUUUGCAUCUUCAUUACAUCUAGUCUUAUUUGUUUCUAAUGAUGUUAUAUGCUUGGUUUUCAUGAUCUGGGCCAGUGUCUCCAUGGUCCUUUUCCUGCAAGGACACAUGGAGAGGGUUCGACACAUUCACAAUCCUUUUUCUUACCGAAGACCUGACCAUGAGACCAGGGCCACACGUACCAUCCUGACCCUGCUGAGCAUGUUUGUCUUCUUCUACUGCCUCUCUGCCAUUUGCACUCUUUGUGUUGGUCUACAUAGAAAGCCAAACCUCUGGCUGAUGGACAUUUCUGUGUUCCUGGGUACAGGCUUCUCAGUACUGAGCCCCUUUGUGCUCAUCAGCAGUGAUACUCGCAUCACUCAAGUGUUUCAUUUCGGCAGCAAAAAGAAAAUUAUUUUCAUAAUUUGA